CGCACGGAGGAGCCGCAGCUCCGCACCGUUCCCGCGGCAGCCGGGCCGCAGCCCCGCCGGCAUGGAGUGAAGGAGGCGAGGAGCCCCGCGCCGCCCGGCCCGGCCAUGGAGCUGAGGAGAUCCAUCUCGGCCAGCGCGGAGGCCGAGAGACCCAUGAGGCGCUACGGGGCAGUGGAGGAGACGGAGUGGAAGGCGGAGGCGCUGGGGAGAAAUCAACUUGACAUCAUUUCAAUGGCUGAAACAACAAUGAUGCCUGAGGAAAUAGAGCUAGAGAUGGCAAAGAUCCAGAGACUUCGGGAAGUCUUAGUCAGAAGAGAAUCAGAACUCAGGUUUAUGAUGGAUGACAUCCAGCUGUGCAAAGACAUUAUGAACCUUAAGAAGGAGCUGCAGAGCUUGGUAGCUAUCCCAGAAAAAGAAAAAACAAAGAUGGAGAAACAAAGAGAAGAUGAACUGAUUCAGAAGAUUCAUAGACUGGUGCAAAAAAGAGAUUUUCUUGUAGAUGAUGCAGAGGUGGAGAGAUUACGAGAGAAAGAAGAAGACAAGGAGAUGGCUGAAUUCUUACGUACUAAGUUAAAACCCUUAGACAAAGCAACACAGUCUCUUACCAGCAGCCCAACAGAAAAGAAGGCAGAACCUCCUCCAAGCAAGCCCGCCAUUGCCAAGGCAGGAUUGGCCAUCAUUAAAGAUUGCUGUGGAGCCACACAAUGCAGCAUCAUGUAGCUCUGGGCUCUCUACCAUGUUUGUUGUCUUUUCAGAUGUUUUCAUUGAAGGAAACUGUAGGGUAGAGGCAUUUAACAGCAUCCCACUAAAUGAAUGAAGAUCAACUGUGGUACAGCUGUAAUACACGGAAUGUACAAUGGCAGGUUCUUCACUGUUGCAUGGAUCACUCCACACGCAUGCCUAAAAAAGCAAGAAAUCCAUAUAGUGGCUGUCCAGUGACCAGAAGAGAUCUGUAAUAGUGUUAACAAAAAUAUCCCUGUGAUACAAGUGAAAGAAGUUUCAUCAAGUAAUGUGUAAAAAAGCAAUUUUAAUAGGUCACUUUAUAAGAAUUUGUUGUAUACCUUUCCCCUCUCACAUUUGCUGGAAUAUUCUAUUUUGGCUACUUCUUAAAAUAAGAGCCACAAAUGGCACUGCAGUAUGUAGGACAACCAAUAGAUUAAAUUGAACAAUUUUAGGGUAACUAAUGUUACAUGCAAAAUAAGCAUCACACUAGCUUGUAAGUUAACUACUUUGCUGUGAAGUUUCACUUGGAAUUGUUUCCCCAAGACUAAGUGUCAGUAACAAGGAUGCUGCAAGUAGAUAUAGAUCUUAUACUCUCUGAUUUCUGAGUUACUCAAAUCAAAUAUGCUUUCACUGGGGAAAAUAAGUGUUGGUAAAGCUCUAGAAAGCACAGCUACAGUGAUGGGUAAGUAAAGGAUUAUUCCAGCUGUCUUAUUUAUCUCAUAGCUCUCCACCUCACACACUCAAAGAGGUAAUUGCAAAAUUUUUUGCCUGAAGUUGUAUGCAUUAUGAAAUUACCUGCCAGUGGUGGGCUGCUGGGAGAAGAGCUGAACACACCAACAUAGAAACAACAUUUAACUAAUAGCUUAAAACCAACUAUUAAUUGCAUAAUUAAUGACCAUGAGAGAAAUAGAAACUAUCAAGCAUGGGGAGACAUUAGCCACCCAAUACAAAUUGGCCACAAGACAAAUAUAAGAAUACAGAAGCAGAUACUUGUGGUAUGAAGGUGAUCAUAUUCUACACAAAAUAGGUUUAGAAUUAAGGGCAAUACAGAAAGACUUUUGUGUUUCUCCAUUUAAUGCAUUUCUGGUCUCUAUGCAGAUUAAACCUUGUAGAAUCUAAUAUUAGCUGUCAGUAGCUGGUAUGUGUGACUAUUCCAUAUAAGUGUAUUGUGAUAGGUGUAAAUAGUAAAAUAAAUGUACAUGAUAUGAUG